AUGAAGACCACCAUCCUGCUUAUGUUCCUGUGGGGACUUGCCUGUGCUCUGCCAGUAGCCAGGUAUCAAAAUACUGAAUCCAAGAGCUCUGAAGAAUGGAAGGGUCAUUUGGCUCAGACACCAACACCACCUUUGGAGAGCAGUGAGUCAUCAGAAGAAAGUAAACUUAGCUCGGAGGAACAGGCAAAUGAAGACCCCAGUGACAGCACAGAAUCCGAGGAGGUCCUGGGCCUUGAUGAUCAGCGUAGACCAGCUGGCGGCCUGUCUCGGAGGGGAGGAAGCGAAGGCGAUAAUAAAGAUGAUGAUGAAGACGAGAGUGGAGAUGACACCUUUGGUGAUGAUGACGGUGGCCCAGGACCCGAAGAGAGACGAUCAGGAGGGGACUCCGGGCUUGGAAGCGACGAAGACUCGGCUGACACCACACGAUCCAGGGAAGACAGCGCCCCCCAAGGGGAUGAGGGGGCCCAGGAUACCACCAGCGAGAGCAGGGACCUUGACCCUGAGGAUGAGGGGAACAGCAGGCCCGAGGGCGGUGACUCCACUCCAGACAGCGAGAGUGAGGAGCACUGGGUGGGAGGCGGCAGUGAUGGGGACAGCAGCCAUGGGGAUGGCUCUGAGUUCGAUGAUGAAGGGAUGCAGAGCGAUGACCCGGGCGCCUACAGGAGCGAGUGGGGCAACUCCCGAAUAAGCCGUGCCGGCCUCAAGUCAAGAGAAUCGAAAGGGGACGAUGAGGAGCAGGCAAGCACGCAGGAUUCCCAUGAUAGCCCAGCGGCGGGGUAUCCCCGCAGGAAAUUCUUCAGGAAGUCUCGCCUUCCUGAGGAAGAUGGCCGAGGGGAGCUUGACGAUAGCCGCACGAUGGAAGUCAUGAGUGACUCCACCGAAAACCCCGACUCCCAGGAAGCCGGCCUCGGCCAAUCCAGGGAACACAGCAAGAGUGAAUCUCGACAAGAGAGUGAGGAGAACCGGUCCCCGGAGGACAGUCAGGAUGUCCAAGACCCCAGCAGCGAGUCUAGUCAAGAGGUCGACCUGCCUUCUCAAGAAAACAGCAGCGAAUCUCAGGAAGAGGUGCUGCAUGAAUCCAGGGGUGACAACCCUGAUAACGCCACCAGUCACUCCAGAGAACCUCAGGCAGACAGUGAAUCCAGUGAGGAGGACGUGUUGGAUAAGCCCUCCGAUUCAGAGAGCACAUCCACAGAGGAGCAGGCUGACAGCGAAUCCCAUGAGAACCUCAGGUCCUCGGAGGAGAGCCCGGAGUCCACUGAAGAGCAGAACAGCUCUAGCCAGGAGGGCGCCGAGACCCAGAGCCGGAGCCGGGAGAGCCCGUCUGAGGAAGACGAUGGUAGCGAUUCCCAGGACAGCAGCAGAUCGAAAGAAGACAGCAACUCGACCGAGAGCGUGUCAAGCAGCGAGGAAGAGGCCCGAGCCAAAAACACUGAGGGAGAAAGCAGAAAAUUAACAGUCGACGCUUACCACAACAAACCCAUCGGAGAUCAGGAUGACAAUGAUUGCCAAGAUGGCUACUAG